AGGCGUUAAAGUGCAUGCUGAAUUUCAAUGCAGCUAGCACCAAAGAGGAUGAGCCCCAGUGGAAAAUUCUUAUUUAUGAUAGGACGGGACAAGACAUCAUCGCUCCCCUUUUCUCAGUCAAAGAACUUCGCUCCGUCGGUGUGACUCUCCAUUUGCUCCUUGAUAUUAAACGUGAACCAAUCCCUGAUGUUCCUGCGGUAUAUUUCGUGUAUCCUUCAAAAGAUAACAUCAAGCGUAUUUGUCAAGACUUCGAGUCUGAUCUCUAUUCGUCCUACUACCUCAAUUUUAUAAGUCCCAUAUCUCGCGAGAAUCUGGAAUUUCUAGCUGAAACUGCACUAACGGAGGACUGUAUUCAGCGGAUUAAAAAGGUCUAUGACCAGUACACCAGGUUUAUUUGUCUGGAGGAUGACUUAUUUGUACUUAACGAACAACCUUCAAACCAAGAGGGAACUUUUUAUGGUAAGUAUUCGCACGAAAUGACAAUUUCUUAUUCCACUUUUUCAGCACUGAAUAAGACCUCCUGCAACGAAGAGGACAUUCAAAGAACCACUAGUUUCAUAGUUGACAGCCUCUACUCUGUGUUUGCCACUCUGGGGACUGUUCCUAUUAUCCGUUGUUCUCGCUUCAACGCAGCCGAGGCAGUGGCUAAGGACCUGGACAACCGCUUCCGUGAGAGUCUACGAGACUCUCGAAACACUCUUUUCUCCGGCAUGGAACAUCGAGCCUUUAAUGAGGCUGGCAAGAAUGGUGGCGUCAAUGCGGUUGCUCUCACUCCUUUCUCGUUUCAGCGUCCUCUGCUGAUCCUCCUUGACCGGGUACUGGAUUUGGCCACGCCUCUACAUCACGCCUGGACCUAUCAGAGUCUUCUUCACGAUAUUGUGGGCAUACAUCUCAACCACGUGGAAAUGCGAGCCCAGAACUCGGUCGAGGUGGAGGAUGCGCGACAGGUGAAGAUGAAACGAUAUGAUCUAACCACGUCGUCGGAUCGAAUCUGGCGUAUUCACCGUUCAUCCCCCUUCUCUGAUGUGGCGGGUGCGUUGCAGGAGGAGCUAAGUGUCUUGCAAGAUCGAGAGAAGAAGCUGGGAGCUCUGAAAGCCUCGGUUACAGAUGGGCAGGCACUUUCAACUAACGGUGGUGUCAUUGGUGUUGGUGCAGAUGCUACUUCUGCACUCACUAGCACCAUAAACACUCUUCCCCAAUUGAUGGAGCAGAAGAGAUGUGUAGAUAUGCAUAUGCAUAUUGCGACGUCGUUAGCCAAGGAGAUAAAGAAUCGUCAGUUGGACCUCCUAAAUGAUGUGGAGGAGAAGCUUAUAACUCUGCAGUCACUUCAGGAGCACUCUCUACCGGAUUUGCUGAAAAUGGAGUGCUUCAGCGGCGAGGACAAGUUGCGCCUCCUCCUAAUCGCUGCAUUCUCCUGCAACUCCGCCUCGGCCGUCACCUCUGGUGGUGGCAGUGGUGGUGGCGGCACUAAUGGAGGAGGUGGUGGUGGCGUCGGUGCAGGCAGUAGUUCUAUUGCCUUCAACCUCGCUAGCACCGAACUCGACCGAUAUGGUGAACAACUCAAGGCUGCUUAUCCAGAUCUCGACAUUUCAGCCAUUAAAUAUGUACAUCAACUCAGACGAAUAGCGCGUUUGUCCCAGGCAGGGACGGGGACAUCAAGCGCUGCCUCGGAGGCAGGUAGAAGUAGCACGGGUAGAACGAUGUUCAACAAACUCGUCUCUCAUGGCUCUGCUAUGUUCCUGGAAGGUAUGCGUGUCCUCUCCGGCCGCAAAUCCUACUUCCCCUUCACACAAAUUGUUUCACAACUGGUAGAGAACAAGAGCGACAUGGAGGAUUACAGCUACUUUGAUCCUAAGCUACAUAAGAGAGGAGCUGCAAGCAUUCCUCGAGCCAAGCAGCCCUUCUACGACGUCUACGUGUUUGUGGUGGGCGGAGGGACUUAUACGGAGUACCACAACCUCUUACAGUGGUCACGCUCUGGUACCACCCCCAGUGGAGUGACCGGUGGAGGCGGACUCGGCGGGGCUGGUAGCCAUGGCAGCUCCUCUUCUCUUAACGCUCUUGGCCUCUCACUCGCUGGAUCGAGCACCUCGAUAGCUGAUUUGCCCACCUCUGGCACCGCCUGCGUCGCCGCCUAUGGCAAUGCCACUGCUCGGCGGAUCACCUACGGAGGCACCGAAAUUCUCUCUCCUAAGCUAUUCCUCGAUCAGGUACGCUAUGGUUGA